CGAUUUGUUUUCGAUCAAAGACUAUCGUUUAAGUUUUCCAUACUCCAUAUUUAACCCUUCUAGGCUCUGUAUUAGGAAGCGGAUAAGUAUUCCUUCGAAGAUAUACACAUUAACACAAGCACGCGCAAACAGCAUUAAGAUAUUCUAUCGAGAUUCACCCAGAAUAAUGCUUCUGAAGUUACCUUUCGUCAUUCUCUUGGCAACUGUGACCCUUAAAGGUGCAGUUUGCGGUCCGGUGAGCGUUCUUUUUGAGGGCAAUGGCCAGUCGCUAAAGCUCGGUGAAGUCAAGCUUGAGAAGAGUCAGGGCACUGGUGAACAGGAAUCUACUGCCAGAUGCGACUCGGACCACAAGGGAUUGCUGCGCAUGGUGAAUCACCAUUUAGAAUUCUGCGAUGGAAAGUCCUGGGUACGAUUGUCUGACGAAAUGACGGCGCAAAACUCUCGCGAGAAAGCAGGAAUUGACUGCAAGGAUAUUAAGAACAGAGGACAGUUUCAAGCAGAUGGAUUGUACUGGUUGGACCCGGAUGCAGGAAGUCAUUCAAAUGCAUUCCUGGCCUACUGUGACAUGACGUCAUACAAUGGAGGAUGGACCAUGUGUUACACUACUGAUGAACAUGUCAAACCCAAGACUGAAGUCACAUACAGCGCUCAGUUUCCUUAUGGAAGUGACGGCUACAGGACCAACUGUAACAAUAUCCCAUUCACAGAAAUCAUCUUCGUUGAUCACCAAACUGGAGCUAAAGUCUACUUCAAGCGGCAAACCAACUUCCCCAUAACAGCCGCGGUGAACUACGGGAAUGCUGCAGCUGCUGGACUAUGGCAUGGCGUCGGAGCAAGCAACGCUUACUCCUACCAACUGUUGAUCUGCGAUGAUUCGUUCUAUUCGGGCUUCUUUAUUUCCGGUUAUACGAGUAACUGUUACAAGCGAUGUAACAACUGGUGCGGUGAUAGAGCCUCGCCCUACUUCCGUACAGCGUCGACUAAUGCAGGCUACAGGGGCGUGGCCUUCAACACUAACGGCCACCACCCAAACAUCCCGAGCAACAGGCUUAUUAGUAUCGGUCUGCGCUGAGUUCAACCGAUCGACUCUUGGUCCAGUUUAGAAGAGUGACUGACUUUAUAACGGCGAUAUGCAUGUAGCUUUAGUUUCGCUGAAAUGUGGCGAAAACUACUUAGAUAUUAGGAAUUGUAAUCAAGGACGCCGACAAUAAUAGAGAUCUGUUCCCGUAUGAUCUGACGUGGGAAAAUAAAACAAAAAUUUUGAACUAA